AUGAAGCGUCCAUACCUAACCGCUGGAAGAGUUGGUCUUACUACAGAGAUGAAGCGUCCAUACCUCAUUACUGGAGGAAUUGUUCUUAUUGUAGGACUUUCAGGCCUCAUGUGGUGGCUUGUGACCUCUUCCCUCCAGACCUCUUCCCUCCAGACCUCUGCGCUCCAGACCUCUGAACCAUUUCCACUCGACAUGGCUGAUGAUGCCGUUGAUGACAUGUACGAAGGCUGCAGAGAGAAAAUGGAGGAGAAGGUCAAUAACACAUACUUCAAAAAAGAGUUAGUGGGAAAAUUUAAAGAUACCUGGGAAAAAGCAGAAACAUGUUCAAACAAAAAUCAUUCAGGGGAUGAGGGUCUCACCAAAAACCACAGGCAGGCAAUCUGUGUUUACACAGCUGAAAUACCCAACAUUUAUAAAGAAUUCAAUGAAGCAGUCCGCACCGGUAAGAAAAACUACACCAGCUCCUUCAAAUUCAAAUUCCACUAUUUCCAUUUCUGGCUGACUGAUGCCAUACAAAUCCUGAAUGAAAAAGAAAAAGAACAGUGUCAAACUUCUUAUAGAAGAACCAAAGUUGGGUUCAGUGGCACACUUCACGAGUACAUUCGGUUUGGUACGUUUGCCUCCAGCUCUAAACGUACAGAUCUUGCACAUUUUGGUAACGAGACCUGCUUUGAAAUUGAGACCUGUUUAGGAGCCUACCUGAAGGAUUAUUCAAGAUUAAACAGUUGGGAGCAAGAGGUGCUUAUCCCCCCCUAUGAAAAAUUCAAGAUAACCAAUAUUACUGAAGGUAGGGGUAAAUAUGAACCUAUGCCUGAAUGUGAGAAGGUCUUCAUUCUGAAAAGUGAAGGAAUAGUCAGUAACCUAAACUGCAAAGCUGCAAAAAAAUGA